UCAAACAGCAACACAUCCUAAAAUGAAACUGAUUUGACUUUUGGAUAUGUGGACCUGCUCUCCAAUUCACAUUCAUCCAUUGCACCAUUUAGUCUGCAGGCUGACAUGGUUUUAGAUGUUCUUAUCAUUUCUGAGGAUUAUUCAAGUUAGCAAAAGCCUAACAAGCCAGUUGGAAAAUCAGUGGUAUAGAAGUUCCCUCUCUGAAAUACACUGGCAUCAUCACCACCUCCUAAGACGUUCCUCCUCUUCUCUCCCUUGUAACAUUUUACCAUUGGUGGCAAAAUUCUGGGCUCAGUUGGCUACGCUGGGGUCACCAUUGCAGACGGAUGUGGCCUAGCUUGGACCACUGGUCUUCAGGAGGCAGAGAGGAAAUCCUGCGCUGCCUCUGACACAAGUGAGGAGGAAGCCUCUGGUUUCUCUUUGCACCAACCCUGCUGACGUUGCCAGCCAUGCUGAACUGUUUGCCGAAAACCCAGCGGCGGACAAGCUGAGCUUCAGGUGCUGCAAACCUGCAGGGGAACACCAGGGAAAUCUCCGCAGACUUCUACCAAUCAUUUUUCCAGAAUUCCCAGGAUUUUGUUUCUUCGAAUGCAAUGACUCAGCAGCUACAGGAUGAAUUUGACAGUAGCGUGGAGAAUGCAGAAGCUUGGAUGAAGGCCAUCCAAGAGAGACUGAGGAUCAAUGACAACACCAAGGGACCUCGAUCUGCCCUAGAAGCCAGACUAAGAGAGACAGAGAAAAUAUGUGCUCUGGAACCAGAAGGCAGCUUGAAAAUGGACUUGAUUCUUGUGAAGGCAGAUGCUGCUCUUCGUAGCAUCAGUGAGGAUAAGAAGCGCGAAGUAUUAUCUAAAUUGAGACACAUUAAAGCCUUGUGGGAAGAGACAGCCAUAUACAUCACUCACUGUCACAGCCGCAUUGAAUGGGUCUGGCUGCACUGGAGUGAGUACCUGAAAGCCCAGGAUGAGUUUUACGCAUGGAUUCACAACAUGAGGGUGACCUUGGAGCCUGACAUUGAGUUGCAGCUUGGCUUAAAGGAGAAGCAGUGGCAGCUGAGCCACGCUCAGGUUCUGCUGAAUGAUGUCUUAAAUCAGUCGGUCUUGCUGGAAAGGCUGCUGGAAGAAGCUGCUUCCUUGUUCAACAGGAUAGGUGAUCCCAGCGUUGAUGAGGAUGUUCAGAAGAAAAUGAGGGUGGAAUAUGAAGGAAUCAGGGAAGAAGCUCAGAGCAGAGUGAAACUGCUUGAAAAGAUAACCAACGAGCACGAGCGGUACAGCGCUAACGUCAACCAGUUUCAAUCGUGGCUGAAUGGUGUGACAGAAAGAUUAAACUCCUGCAUUGGGGAAGCAACCAAGUCUUCAGCAGAGGACAAGCUAAAGGCACUGAAGGAAAUUACCAAAGCCAUCAAGAGUGGUGGGAAGAAAUGGAAGCACCUUGAAAAUCAAUGUGUAGAGGUGAUUCAGAAUACCUCCCCAUUGGGAGCUGAGAGAAUGAAGGAUGAACUCGAAGAGCUGAAAAAAGCCUUGGAGAAGUUGAAACUGCUGAGCAGUGAGGAGGAGGAAAGAUUGCUCAAGAUCCAACAGUCAGAAAGUGCCUACAAGUCCCAAGCCAGACAAUUAGAAGCAGAUAUCCAGGAAUUCAAAAAAGACCUACAGAAACUAGAAAAUGACCUGAACACUGGGGAAAGGGAAAAGACUGAAGAUGAGUUUGUAGCUCAGUGGAGAAAAUGCAAUGCAACAAGAGCAGUUCUGGCUGCAGAAGAGUCAACGAUUGAGAGGCUGAAGGCUCAGCUUAAGGAUCUGCUACAGUUUUCCCAAGAUGUGCAGCCACACGCUGAGAGUGUUGUCUCUGCCAUACGGGACUAUCAAAGUGUUAGAGGGAAGACAUCUAAAAUGAGUACCGACACGGAAACUCAACUGAGGAAACUUUUCCAAAAUCCCCUGCAAGAUUUUGAACAAUGGAAGCCUUCCAUCCAGAUGCUCCUGGAGUCUCCAGAGCCGUUGCUGGCUCAGAUUGAGGUUGCUCUAGCUGAAAGCUCCCAGUUCAAAGAAAAGUUGAUGACAUUACAGCUGAAGAAAGAUUUGCUAAACAAUAUCCUUGGUGAGGAAAAAGCUAAAUCUUUCCUAGCAGAAGUAGCUGAAGCUUCGAAGGAGAGAGAAAUACUACACAAAAGUCUGUUACAAACCAAAAGCAAACUCCAGAAUUUGAUAUCGCAACAUAAGGACUUCGACGCUGGUUUUGCACCAUUGCAGAAGAAAUUAUCUGCCAUCAAAGCCAAAUUAGAUCUGGAGAAUGAACCACAGACAAACCUCUUGGGUAAAAAGACACAACUCCAGAGACUCCAGAUGAUCCAAGAUGACUUGGCAGAGCUUGCAAUUCAAAUGGAAGAGGUAGAGAAGCUGGUUCAGUCAAACACAACACACAGGCAUGAAAUGAAUCAACUUUUAUCUGAUGCUCAGGCCCUGAAGAGAUCACUGGAGAUGAUGAUCCAGCAGACUGAAGAGCAUGUUCAGAAGCACUGGGCAUUUAAUGACAAACUCUCUGACCUCGAGCAGUGGAUCACAGCAACCACAGAGAAGAUCGGCUCCUACCAAGGUGCUGAUGGAAAGCAGAUCACUGAGAGCAGGAUGGCAGACCUCGAGAGAUGGCUAGCAGAGUUACCAGAUAAGGAGAUCCAGCUGCACCUUGUAGAAGCUCAUGGCCAGCUGGUCAUGGAGAAUUCUUCCCCAGAGGAGACUGCCUAUGUCCAGGCUGAGCUGGAUCAGCUGAAGGAGUCUUGGAGAUCACUGAAAGAAAUGGCAACUGGUCUUCUCAAAAGGUGGCGGUUAAAUAGACCAGUGGCUGAUAAGAAGAAGAAGAAAAUAGCAUUUGUGGACAGCAGACACAUCUCUGGACCUGCAUUCCAUCUUUUAGAUCCCAACCAUAAGCAGGAGAGGAUAAGAGAAGGACAAAAUACAAGUAGCCACCUUAAGCUCCUACAUGACUUUGAAGAGUGGUUACAAGGAGAAAAUGCCAAACUGUCCAAAAUUCUUUCUACGACUUCAUCUUCCACAGAGAAAAUCAAGGCACGCCAUAACAAACUGGAGGAACUGCAGGCUCGUGUGCCUGAUGGUCAGCGUCGCUUUGAGGACCUUCUUCAUCUUCAUCCUGCCAUUGGCGACUCUGAAGGUCUGGAGGACCUGCGUUACCGAUGGAUGCUUUACAAAUCUCAACUGAAAGAGUACAUGAGUUUGCCGAGUAUGAGAUCUUCAGAAGAACCAGACAGAUCCAGAAAGAAGCGUUCUGGAGUGUGCUCCUUCCUGCAUCGAGUGUGCUGGGCAGCACUGCCACUGCAACUGCUCCUCCUAUUCCUUCUGCUCCUGGCCUUCCUCCUGCCCCUGGUAGAGGACACCCACAGCUGCACGCUGGCCAACAACUUUGCUCGGUCCUUCAACCUGAUGCUGAGAUAUGAGGGCCCACCUCCAACCUAACUUCUUGGCAUGGCAAGAGGUGACUCAGAAAUACAGACUCUUUUUCUUUUUCUUUUUUUUCCUUUUUUAUUUUUUUCCUUUUUUUUCUUUUUUUUUUUUUUUUAACAACUGCAAGUAUUGUAGACUUUAGGGCUUGUAAUAGGGCCAUCUUAUCAACUGGGUAUAUCACAUAAAUGCAGCAUAAGAUUAGUCCACAUUAAUCAAGUAUUUGAGCAAAAAUAAUAUUUUUACAAUAUUUUGUUAUAAUAUUUAUAAAGUGUAUAUAGAGAUUAUGUAUAUGUGUGUAUAUAUAUAUAUAAAGUAUAUAUAAAUGCAUAUCUGUGGUCAAACUAACAUCUCCAUCCACUCAUCCACUGUUUGGGGAUAAUCCUGCAAUGUUUAUACCAUUUUUCAGCAAGGAACACUGAAUGGUGGUGUUGUUUUGUUUUUUGUUUUUUUUUUUUUAAAUCAGAUUUUUGAUGUUUGCAACCAAAGUCAGCAAGUAUGCAAAGAUGCGAACAUGCACCAGAGUGUGAAUCGGGGAGCAGGUAGAACAGAAUUGUGUUGGAAUGCAGUGGUUGAUAUUCAGCCUGAGGAAAACUGGGACAAUUCUAUUUAAAAUCUUGAACUAUUUUUUCAGUAUCUGGAUGCAGGUAUUGCAGAAGGUAAUGGAAAAUUUUCCUCUGACUUAAAUAGAAGUGGGGGUGGGCCUUCUCCUGUUCUCUUUUUUUUUUUUUUUUACCAGAUUUCUUUUCCAAUUACUGUGUUCUCCAGCCCACCUGAAUUAGGAGAGGUAGAAUACAGCAGGAGGAAAGCUGGAAAAAAAAAUAAAGACUUUUUUUUGUUACAUCUAUAUAGAGAACUUGUUAAAUCAGGUCAUAAUUUUCUGAACAAAUUUGUGAGCACUGAACAAAACCUUAUAUCAGUGAUUUUGUCUUUAAAAAAGCAGUGCAGAUUUUAUUGUUAAUAUUAUUAUUAUUAUUAUUAUAACUUUAUAAAGAGUCAUUUGGGAAUGGAUUAUAAAGCCUGAACAGUGGGAUACAACUUGCCUCAAUGUCAGCAUUGCAAAAGUCAGAACUACUUUAAUAAUACCUCCCUGAAAACAAAUCUCUUUCAUAGUCUAUUUUUAUGUUAAUGUGUUAAUGUUUUGCUGUGAUGUGAACUGACUGUAUCAAAGGCAGGCAAGCAUGGAUUUCUAUAUAGGCUGAACGCCAAGAUAAUAACAACUUAUCAUUUAUUUACCUAGGUUUAUGCCUGAUUUAUCAAAUUUCUGAAUGUACAUUUUAACAUUGCCUUUUAAUGUAAAACCUCAGCUUUACUGUGAUGAAACCAUUCUUGGUGGUGUUUUACCUAAUUGAUUCCUGAAAGGAAAGGUAAUUUCUAAAAUUUUGUGCCAUUUCUGAGAGCAACACCUUUUUUUCCCUUCAUUUUAGCUUCAGUAAUAGGGGGGGGGGAGGGGACACGACACUGACAGAAGAAACAGUUAUUUUUCCCAUCCUGGCUUUGGUGCAGAAGUUUGCCUUGUCUGUACCAGCGUGUGGUACUUGGUGUUUCCCAAAUACGUUCCAAAAUAAUAUUAAAUCUGUUGCACAGGUAAAUUAUUUAGUAGCUGAGAAAUUGGAGGAGGAAGUCAUUUUUCUUUAACAAACCCAUGAAUGUUUUGUUAAAUAAAAAUAACUCGAGUAGAAUAGGAAGGCAGAGCAGCAAGGAGCUCAUUAUGGGCACAGAGUGAAGGGGAACAAGCGAACGUCGAAGAAGAGUAGAGAGAGAAGAGAGGGGUCCAACAACUUAUAAAGCCUAAGAAAGGAACUCUCUUGAAUAACAGAAAGGACAAGAAUACAGUCUCUAAAGAGGAAACAUUUCUGAAUCUUUUUGAUUCCCUCUCCCUGCUCAAGUAUUGAUACUAUUGCAUAUUAAACACCCUUUCUUUAGUAAGAUUUAAAAUGGGGCAAGUAACAGGGACUCUGCCAGCGUUCUGAGGAGGCUCUUUUGCCAUCAGCACUCUUGCACUGUCUUCCUAGUAAUGCUUCCAACUAACCUGGUUUUGCUAGAGUUACAUAAAAACAUCAGAUUUCUUGAAAAAAAAAAAAAAGUGAAAAUGAGGAUGUGAAAGAGAGCAAAGGAUAGCAGGGAAGGCAAAGGUAUUCAGGUAGAGGGCAAGGAGAGUGUGAGGAGGAUCUGAACGGAAGCAAAUUAAAGCCUGAGUGUCAGGAGGCAGCAGAAGAGAGUAAGAGAGCAGGCAGGGGGGAGGAACAGAGAGGUGGGGGGAAAGGCUGUAUGCUGAGAGAUAACUAAAGAUAUUCACAGCUAAACCAGAAGUGAGGGAAGAUAGGGCCUGUCACUUCUUUCAUGGAGGAGCCAGAUGGAGAGGAGCUAUAAUUCAUCAGAGAGCAGAGCAAAUGAAUUCCUUCUUUGCAACUGUUCUUUCUGGAGGCAGAGGACAUGCCUCCUCCACUCCCCCGAUUAGCUGCUCAGGAGCCAUGCACAGUCCCGCAACGCUUCUCUAAGCAUUGCUGCCAGCCCCAGGGGAAGAACCCGGUGGCUGUGCAGCAAGAAGCUAAUCAUCAUCAGGCACAGCUCCAUUUCUAAUGAAAUGCUCCAGUGGAAAAGAAGUGUGGGGGAAGAGGGGCAGUGACAAAACCUGCUGUAUGGGGUUGUGUAUACGUGUGCUUGUGCACGCACUUUUCUCUGGUGUAGCUAUGUUGCACUUCUCUGAGUUUUGUUGAGCCUCUCCAUGUGAUGAAAAUAUAUGCCAGCAAAAAAAGAAAUUUAAAAUAAUGAGUAAAAAUAUAGCCACAAGAGAAAAUCAGAAGGGGCAUACACAAGUUUCUACUGUGAAAGCACAUAAUCUCACAUCAGAUUUCUUUCUGCCCAGCCUUUCUAAUCUGGAUGAUUUUUAUGGAAGCAUGCAACUGGAUAAAAAAAAAAGUUACGCAAAGGACCAUAACAGAAAACUGCAUCAUCACCUUGAUGUUUCAGUGUUGUGGCAGGAUUUAAAGAAAAAAAAAAAAGAGAGAGAGAGAAACACUUUUGUGCUGCUGGGUUACAUUCAUUUUCUUCUUUAAAUCCUGUUAUCUUGCAAUUUUUAGCUUUAAAUCACAGCAAAUCUAUUCUCUUUAACUUGUGUUAUCUGAGUAUUUCACUUAAGUGAUGAAUCUUUCUAUAUUUUUGCAAUGGAAACCACUUAAAGCACAAGACUGUGAUUUCCAUCUCACUUAGAACAAUUUCACUGCUUUUUAUUGACCUUACCUGUCCAAUGAGAUGAAAAUUUUUCUAAGGAAUUUUACUCCCUUUAUUUUUCUAAGGAAUUUUAGAAAUAGCAAAAGUAAGCUUGAAAUGUAAGUCCAAAGUUUACUUUCUUUUUUAUUCUCUAACUUUUCUUCUGAAAAGUUUAAGAUACUGAUAGCUGGAGGUGUGCAUAACUAUUUAUUAAGUCAGUAGUGGGAACAAUGAAAACAAAAUGCUCAGUUCAAUUUCCAGGAAACAGAGCAAAGGCCAGAUUGCUCGAAACACAAAAGAAAUAUUACUGUUUCUAAAUCAGUCCUUAAAAUCUUGAGCACUGUUCAUGUCUGAAUCAUUGAUCACAGAUGAUUUGGGGGUUAUAUCCUCACUUUAGUGCCUAUAAAAUGCUCAUGCACCUCUGACAUGUAUUUAACUGAGAUGUUUUGUAGCUCAGCUUCAGACUGGGGCUGCUGUCUUAAAACAUCCCUUGCCAAAAACCUGGGAUGUGCAAAACAGAUAAGUGUCUACACCUGAGUGCUUACACUACUUUAAUGCAGAUCCAGCCACUGUUGGAGAGUGUGAAAGCCAUAUAAAAUAGAUUGAAAAUGAUUGAGCUUGUAAAUUGUUUGUGCAUCUGGCUCAGGCCAUGUAGCCUACACUGCAUGUAGAUACACAGCCUGUUCUCAGAGCAGAGUUCUUGUGCUUCUGUCCAAGCUCUCUUGCCUGCCCUAUUGGACCCAGUAGGUGAUUAACCACAUUAAUGACCCAUCAGUGCUGAAGGCAAAAUCCUACAGUCCGGUGCCAAAGCAUUAAAGUAAGAAUUCUGCACAGCCCCUAGGGCAUACUUCAAACCCAGCCUUCGGAGUGAAAGCAAGCCUAAUUUAUAAAUUGUAAUUGAUUUUGUAGCCAGAUGCUUUCAACAGAAUUUUCCAUGACUGCAAUGCAGUGAAGUAGAAAAUUGCUAUUGUGCCACAUGUCUCUGAUUUCAACUAGCAAUUUAGAUUAUAUUAAAUAUUAUUCAUAUAUGCCCUCUCCAGAAAUCUUUUUGUGAAAAGUGUUCAGUUCUAUAUGCAUAUAAAAAUCAUCACAUCAGUUAGCACAGAAUCUGCAGAGUGAUAAUCAUUUCAACCGAGUACCAGCUUAUUUGCCCUGACUGAGAUAUUAACUGAGAUAUUAACGUAGUUAAUAAAAACAGCUAAUGAUCACUGGAUACUCUUAGAAUUUCUAUUUCUCCAUAGUCUUCUUCACUGGGAGUCAAAGACCUCAGAAAGAACAAAUGUCUCCAAAAAAAUGGCCACCACCAAAUGUGCGUAUGGUAGCCUCUGCAUGUCAGCAGAAGGUUACAGACUGAAACUGAUUUAUUAUCCACCCUAGUACACAGUAUUUUGACUUUCAAGAAAUAUUAUAAAUAUCCCAACAAAUAUAUCUUUGCCAGGCAUCACAGCUGUCUCCCAGGUCAUAGGUUAUGUACCCAGCUGGCUGUAAAAGCUGCUUUUGGAGUCUUUCCUGUCCAUUGGACAGUAUCAUUUGCUAUAGUGCAGCUGAAAACACUUUUACUCAAUGAACUAUAUCAGCUUCUUCCAGAGUCGCUGGGGGCUGGCAAGGAUAUUCUUAGUAGUGCUCAGAUCAUUGACCUGUUCUGAGCCAUUACAAGUUUAUUGCAUCAAUCUAGCUGUCAGUGCUUAGCAACUCUCAGAAGCCAGUUUAUUAAAAUACUAAAGAUAAUAUUGUUGGUAGAGACAUCAUGAUUCAUUCAGAAACCAAUCUUAUUAUUUUUGCCAUUUUUAAACUCAAUUAUAAAUGGGCUAUACUGGGUUCAGAUCAGAUUAGUCAUAGAUAUUGGGUAACUGUGUAGAAGGUUUUAGUCACUUUUUGACUGGCAGAAGUAUGUAUAAAAAUUAGGGGUUCAUUUUGCAUUUCCUCAAUGGUAAAAUGCAACAAAGCUGAGAUGCUUGAAUACAGCUUCUUCAAAGAAAAAAAUAUAUAUAUAUAUAGCUUGAAUAUACCUUUUUCAAAAAAAAAAUAUAUAUAUAAAACAUACAGUCAUACUGUAUAUAUAUAAAGCAUACAGUCAAACUGUCACACAGUUAUUUUUUCUAAUUAUUUUCUAAUUUGUCUAUCCAAUCUGAAAUACGAAUGCAUCUAACAGAUAUCAGUAGAUCUGGAAAGAAAGUGAAAAUAUGUCAGGAAUAUACCAAGUCGAGCAGCAGCCUGAAUGGCACCUCUGUUACCUAUCCUACUUCAGCAAGUGCCAGAUGUGAGCUGGUUGUAUCCGUGAGCCAUCCCCCCUCCUCCUGUCAAACCGUGGGUGAGGUGAACCUGCUGUGUUGAAGGUACAAAAUCCUGAUGGCAGCAGCAGGAGACAUCAAGCCUUCAAAAGGCAACCUGUUAUCUCAGUGCAAGAAGCAAACAGGUGGGAUUGGCGUAAUGAGAGCAAACCCUGACUAAUGACACAGGAACAAAGGUUUGCCAGCCUGCUCUGCCAGACAAAAUUGUGACUGGCCAUCAGCAUUGUCCUGCUUCACCUCACUGACUGUGGAGGAGGCUUCCUUCAGGGCAUCACUCUAGCUGAGAUCUGAGCCUUGGGGGUGCUUCUUUCUCCUCACCAAAUACAGAAGGAACUGCUAAUUCAAAUGCCUCAGUGACAGAUUAAUUGUAGGUGGUAGGCGCUGAUGUGCCAGGAAAAGACACAGGAAAUGCUAUUGUGGAGAGAAAGAUAAUGAGGGUCUCUGUUUGGUCCUUGGGAAUUAGAGGUUCGUUAUAGAACUGAGGUAGGCAAGUUUUUUUGUUCCUUUCCAAGUAAAUGCAAGGUGUGGCCUUCAGUCUUCUGGGUUUGGGGAUGAGCCUAGUCGAUGCCUUAUUGAAUACCAGGGGCUUUCUGGCUCCCAAGCCAUCAGGGCAAUGAGUUCCACAUCCUUCCUGCCAGGUGAAAAAAGUAUCCCACUGAAUUUGGUUUCAAAUUGGUGGAGGUUGCUUGAUUUUCCUUCUCUGGCCCCAGUGUGUCAAAUCCGACGAAAGAGACAGACGAGUGUUACCCCCUCCAGACCAUUUGUCAUCUUCCCUUCUUUUAUCAUGUCUUCUUGCUUUGUUUACUUGCGAAGUAAAUGAACCCAGUCUUCUCUGCUUUUCAUAAGGCACCCAUGCACUUGACCAUUCCUGUCACCUUUCUCUUAAAUGUUUCCAAAGCCAAUUCUUCAUUGAUACACAUAGCAAAAAAUAAGGUCUGAUUUCAACAAAUUGAAACAUUUAUUGGCUACUUUUCUUGUUUUUCACUCCUCCACUUCUCCAUCCUGUUCAGCUUCCCUCUCUCCCUGCAGCGGUCUUGCUGCAGCACUUAGGCUUGUCGUUCCGUCUGCCAAACUGUGCUUGUCUUCAGCCCCCCCUGCCAAGGAUUAUUGGAAAGUUUCAUGCCCACACCCAGCACAACUCAGUUUCAGCCUGACCCUUUCAUUUUGUGUCUUCGCCUCUUCACAACAGAAGCCUGCACGACAAAUCCCAGCGCAUUCCCUUUCCUUACCUGCACUCACUUCUGCCUCCUCUCUGUUUUCUUCCAGCCCAACAUCCUGGUCAGAGUCUUGGUCCCACAGCGGCCAGCCUUGUCGUUCCCCCCCUUGCAGCUCCUCCUGCAGAUCCUCUGCCUUUUUCCACCACCCCCUGUAGCAAAACAGCCUUUGUAGCUAUCUGAGGGGGCUCAUAUCUGCUGCCAUCUCUCCCGAGUCUCCUGCCCAUGUCUUGUCCUCAUCUGCCUUCCGUGUUGGCUCAGGGACCGUCCUUAACAUUCACACCUGCAAAUCAGAGUGCAAGGUGUCGCUUAACAAACAGUUAUUAGCGAUGAAAGCCCUGCCAUUAGCAUUGUUCAGAGCCUGCCCAGACCCUUUUUCUCUCCUUCUCUCCAAGCAGGUUUUGAUGGGUAAUCCAAUUACUGCAUGCAGAAAAUUUCCCCUUAAUUAGUGCGGAGGGCCAGUGUUUUCAGCUCUGUUACCCUUGUGCUGCUGCUGCUUCUACGAGCACUGCCAUGUGCCACUGGGCCCAGGGCUGUGUGCUCAAAGGUGUCUGCCCCGGCGCUGCCCAGAAGGCUUGAAUGUUGCUGUUAGACAUCAGAAUAAGCCAGGACAGUUUAUUUUUUUUCUUCUUUUUCAUUUUUUUUUCUUUUUUCUUUUUUUUGAGUUGAAAAAAGAAAGAAAAAGAAAAUGGUCACUUUCAGCAAGCUGGUUUCACAACUCAUUCAUCAAGCCCUCUAGCAAACUAUUUAUUUUAGCUCCGUUUUGUUCAAUCAAAAGCUAUAUGUUAAAAAGGGAGGGAGAAUUUGGAGAGGCUGGAAGCCAAGGGGAGGCUGCGGUGCCACCCGCCGUUAUCUGGGCUUUACAGUGAGGCCUCCAGCUCGGAUUCGGGGUUAGGAGCUGGUACUGUUCCUAAAGUGGCCCCCACCUUCAAAAUUAAAUUGUUUCUUUUGUCAAGUCCAAUAGGCGUUGAACACCACAGGCUUGGUUUCACUACAGAUACAAACGCCUCUGUAUGGUACUGUCCAUUGCUAAGAAAUAUAUGUCUGUGUGUAUACAUGUAAUGGUGCGCGUAAUUAUUGUCCUACUUAAAGAAAGGUGACAUUCCACUUCACAAUGUAACUCUCAAGUGCAGCUUUUAAAAGAAAUUGUGUCUUGAAAGAAAGCUGGGAAAGUUUAGAGGUAUGUGUUUAAUAAGCUUUAAUGAGCUUUAAUAAGCUUUGGGUUAGGACUUCAGCCUCCGAGAUGAAAAGCACCCAAGACGAUUUUCCCAUCACUUUCCCAGAUCAGACCUUGUAAGAGUUUAACCUGGGAGUCACGGACUGAGCACUGGCUGUUUCUGAAGGUAUUUGGAUGCUGGAGGUACUAAACGACUCCAUUCUCAAACACCAACCCCCAUUUUGUACAUGUGGUUUACUGGAAAUCGGAAGACCCCUGUUUGUCUUCCUCUGAGACCCCAACUGUUUUUGUCUCAGUGGAUGUAUUGCUUUUGAUUGGAGUCAUUAUUUCAGUGUUUUCCUUUUAAUUUGUGCUCACUCAGUUUAUGGGAUGAUUCCAGGAGAACAUCCUGGAAUCUUCCACCUACCCAGCCUCCAAGCUACCUUCCCAGCCUGUUACCUUCUUCUCUGUUUACCGGGCUGUGCUGGACCACUGUGAAACAAUUACACAAGCAAUAACGUGGGUGUUGCAUUUUCCUGUCAUUGCUUUUGUAAGAUGUAACACUGCAUUGACAUUGAAAAGUGGUAGGAGACCCAGAAACUGCAUUAUUGUUUACUAGCAAUAUAACCAACGUACAGUGCUUCUGCAGAGGACCUGUCCUCACUUCUCAAAACAGCUGGCUGUCCUGGGCCCAAUUUCAUUAACAAGGCUGGAUUAUAAACACUCUUGGAUCCCUUCACCAGCACUCCAUUAAUCUUGCUUCCAUCAGUUUUUGUGCUUUUGUUUAGUCUUAAGCUAGAGGAAAAUUUAAAGAAAUAUGCUAAGACACCCUUCAAGGGUGCAUAAAUAUCCCAUGUGCGUCACAAAAAUUAUGGCAAAAUGAAGGGAUUUACUCUCACGUUGAAUAAAAUUAAUAAGAACUUCUAA